AUGCCUCUCGCGACACUACACCUCAUCUCGCUCGCACCAACCGCCACCAUCUCUUCCUUUGUGGGAUCUCUCAAAUCGACGGCGGUCCAGCCACUCACCAUCUCCAAAGUGAUCCGCUGGAUCAUCACGCCGACCAAGAUCGAAGCCGACACACUCCUCCGGCCGUCUCGACCAUGGGACGUCCUCCUGAUCGUGCUCGGCAGUGACGCGCUCCCGGAGACGCUGGCGUCGCAAAUCGCGUGCCACUGGUCCGCGGUCGCGGGCAUCCCGUCACGCCUGACCAAGGACUUCGCGUCGACCAACGACGGCGUCCUGCACCCGCCCCCGUCGUCCGUCCCGCCGCUCACGGGCGCGCUGGACACGCCGAGACUCGGGGCGUCGUCCCAGACGCUCGAGAUGUCGUCGGAGCUCCUCGGGUGGAUCCGGUCCUUCAAGGACACAAAGGCGGGCUCGUCGCCGUUGUCCAUGCUCAACCUCCUCGCCUUCAAACCGGGCCUGAAGGACUCGUACCUGCAGUACGGCAAGGCGUUUGCCGAGAGCAUCGGGUCUCGACGCGGCGGCAACGCCAAACUUGUAGGAAACAUCGUGUCGUCUGCCGGCUCCUCCUCCUCCUCUUCUUCUUCUUCCUCCUCCACCGCCGCCGCCGCCACGACGACGAAGACGACGACGACGACGACGACGACAACAAAGGGCGCCGGCCACCAGAAAGGCUGGGACGAGUUCGCCCUCGCGUCGUACCCGUCCAUCUUGCACUUCGCCGACAUGUUGGCCAGCGAGGACUAUCAGGCCGUCAACCUCAAGUACCGCGUCCCCGCGCUCGAGGAUACCUUGAUAUUAUGCACCAGUGAGAUUGAGAUUGAGACCGUCACCGCCCGAGGCGGGAAAGGGGCGUCUAAGCUGUAG